GGGCUGGGCGGGCGCUGAAUCCCCCCGAGCUCCCCAGUACCUGCUACGCCGCUUGCCGUCGGUCGGUCCGGGCUUCUCCAGAGAGCCGGGAGGAAGAGAGGGAGUCCGAGACAGAUCCACCCCGUCCCGAGGAGGUGAGCCCCUCAGCUUCUCCGCUGCCAGGGACCUUCCCCGAGGUUCUCAGAGCUACGUCUCAGCAAAGGCUCCGCAGAGGCCGGUCGGUGUUCCGCCGGGGGCCGGGACCUUCCGCGUUUGACAGCCGGAGCUCGCUCCUCUCCCGCCUUCCCGACAUGAAACUCCUCGUGGCGCUGGCGGUGCUCUUCCUCGCGUCCGCUCAGGCUUUUGCCGAAGAAAUGGGCGCCAACGACGAUCUGAACUACUGGGCCGACUGGUCGGACAGCGACCAGAUUAAGGAAGAGCUCUCCGAGCCCUUUGAGCAUUUCCUGCAGAGAAUUGCCAGGAGACCCAAGCCUCAGCAGUUCUUUGGGUUGAUGGGCAAAAGGGAUGCUGAUACUUCCGUUGAAAAGCAAGUGGGCAUGUUAAAGGCUCUCUAUGGGCAUGGCCAAAUGUCUCACAAAAGGCAUAAAACAGAUUCCUUUGUUGGACUCAUGGGCAAAAGAUCUUUAACUUCUGGGUCUUCGGAAUGGGACGCAGCACAGAACUACGAGAGAAGGCGUAAAUGAGGCAUGUCGUGGGGUCUCGUGAAGGUCGUGGGCUCCACGGGCUCCCGAUGAUGAGGCGUCCUUGAAGAUGCUCACUAGACAGAAUGAUUAUUUAUUUAACAGCCCCUGUGGUUUUGAGUUGUAAACCCAAUCAGACAAUUAUUUUUCAUAUUGUGACAAUGCCCCCCAUUGGAUAAAUGUUUUCUAGCCCUUCCAAAAGGAAGCCCCUGAUAUUUCCCGACCAGGCUCCCUGUUUCUGGUGAUGACCUGUUCAUCCAGGAAGAUAAAUGUUUGGGUUAUUAGUAAUGUCCGCUUGGUGACCAAUGUAGUGCGACCCCUCCAUGGCUGAGAUGUCAGGUGAUGGGGGAUCGGAAGCUAUUUGUAUUGCUGGAGGACGUUUUAUGUUUGUGACUGAGUGUGUGAGAUAGAGAGGGAGGGAGAGAUGGCUGCAAGGGAGGGGAGGGCAUUCGCUGGCACGCAGGGCUUGGACGGGGAUUCCUAGAGCUUCAUCUCAUGGUAGCGAGUCGUAUUGUUGUCCGAUGUUUUCCAUUAAAAAUACCACCCGGCA